UAAUAAAAAAGAAAAUAUAGCAGUUGACAUCAUCGUGCAUUAAAUAGUUAAGAGAUUCAGUCAUGGUUUCUCUUUCCACUCUAUGAGAAUUCUCGCUGACUUUGUUGGCUUCAUUUUGCCGCUUAAACAUCGAGAACACGAAGCAAUCUCUGAACCACUAUUAUGAUAUAUAGUAGCAGCGGACAGACCAUUAAUGGAAGCACACGGCACUAUCCUCCGUGCAUGUUUCCUUUCAUUUUGUCUUGUUGGAUUCGGAGAUGCUUGAUAUAUUAAGAAAAAUUAUGGUAAUUUUAAGUCUUCCGUGAACUCGUACAGCGGCAUUUCUGAUCAGAUAUUUAAGAAAGCCGAAGACCACUUUUUUUCAGUUUGGCAGCACCGAUAGACAUUCAUCGCUUCUCUAUGUUAUCUUUCUAUUACAUCUUACUGGAUAUACUUUACAUGAAUCAAAAAAAAAAAGUUCUAAUGAUUCUGUUUAACAAAAACUAUUUUCUCUCGUUAAAAUAUACCUGUGUGUGAACGAACGUCAUUUGUGACAUUUUAAGAAAACUCUGAAGUCUGUGCGUCCUCAGGUGUGCUGGAGCUUUGUACUCGGUCUGAAUUUUCCCAAUAUUCCUUGAGUUUCAAAUGACCUCCUUUGUGGAUUGAACAUUGUGAUUUUUUCUGAGUCGUUUUCAGUUUCACUUUAAUGUGUUGAUUAAUUUUUGCUCCCCAUCUUUACCGAUGACAUUCAACUUCAGUGAUAUUGGUAUCUUCCCAGAGAGUCGGGAUGACUUUAUUCCACAGAAUUUUCCGAUAGAAUCAGAGCCACCAUGGACCCUGGAGAAUUCUGAUAAUGAACCAUCAUGGACCUCGGAGAAAUUUGAAAAUGGUAACUUCAGAAAAUGUGUUACGAAAGAAGACUGUUUUAACAGCACCCAGAGUGAAAUAGAAUGCGCGGACUAUGCGAACAGGGGCUUUACGACCUGUUUCUGCGUACAUAACUUGGUGGAAACCGAUAGAGAAGGAAGAUGUAAAAGCAGUUCACAUAGUUCUCAUGAAGAUGCCAAGGAGACAUUUCUGAUAUCCAUUGACAACAAUGCCACCAGCAAUUAUAACAAAACUCAGAAUCCCGUUUUAUCAGCAAAACCGGAAGUUCCGGAAACAGAAACUCUUCUUCAAAUUUUCAUUCCCGUAUCAUUCAUAAUCACUCUGCUAAUGGUCCUUGCUUUCAUUUUUGCGAGGAAGAGACAGUUAUGUCAAAAGAGGAAAAAGAGAAAAGAUGUCAUUAUCCGCAAUAACGAGGACAUUCAGUUGUUAGAUAGAAUGAACUUUGUAAACAAAAAUCCUACAUAUUUCAUGACGUCACAAGAGAAGACAGAGGAAAAGAAGAUUUCAAUAAAAGAGAUUCCAUUUGAAAGGGUGAAGAUAAUAGAAACUGUGGGAGAAGGAGCUUUUGGACAUGUGUAUAAGGGUCUGUAUUACACACCAGACUGCCCAAGCGCAAAGGAUGUUGCAGUAAAAAUUUUAAAGGAAGGCGUGUCAAACGAGGUCAAGGAAGAUUUUGAAAGAGAAGUUGAAAUUAUGAGCAACUUUAACCAUGACAAUAUUUUGAGUCUUCUAGGUGUUAUUACCAAAGAUAUUGGUGAUACACCAUAUAUGAUAUUUGAGUACAUGGUCCACGGGGACUUGGCUGAACUUCUCCGUAGGAAUGAUCCAGUGAUGAGAAAGAGUGAGAAUGAUUUCAAACUUCAGAAAACUGACCUCAUUGACGUAGCGUUGCAAAUAGCCAAUGGGAUGAAGUAUCUGACGUCACAGCAUUUUGUGCACAGAGAUUUGGCAACAAGGAAUUGUCUAGUAGGAGACGAUCUUAGAGUCAAAAUAUCUGAUUUUGGAAUGGCAAGAGAUGUGUACACUCACGACUACUACAAGAUUGGGGGUUCGAGAAUGCUUCCAGUGCGUUGGAUGUCGCCGGAGAGUGUCAAAUAUGGCUGCUUCACCAACGAGUCUGAUAUCUGGGCUUAUGGCGUUGUUCUCUGGGAGAUUUACAGCUAUGGUCGACAGCCUUACUAUGGGCACUCAAAUGAAGAGGUUGUGCGGUUCCUAGACGAAGGUAUACUGUUACAACGAUCCGAAGACUGCCCCGAUACCGUCUACCACAUCAUGUUGAGCUGCUGGAAAACAGACCCAAAAGAGAGACAUUCUUUUUGCCGAAUCCACAAGCAUCUGACUGACUUCAGCAAAGAGAUCUUAAAAAGUUCAAAUUGCAGCAUAAAUGCCUCAGAAACGCAAAAUGCGUGUUGAAGUCGCUAGGAUCAUGAA